AUGUCACUGAGCUUGGAGCAGCUAAUUGCUGUGUGGCUGCUCCUCGGGGUUGCUCCGCAGGGAAAGCAGCCUGCCGUAUGUCGAUUCCGUUCUUCUCUUUUCGCGCCUGACCUCUGCUGUGUCCGUGUGUCCGCAGUGAACGUCGUGGAAGCCCUGCAGGAGUUCUGGCAGAUGAAGCAGUCGCGCGGAGCCGACCUGAAGAACGGAGCGCUCGUGGUGUACGAGAUGGUGCCGUCCAACAGCCCUCCCUACGUCUGCUACGUCACCUUGCCGGGCGGGAGCUGCUUCGGCAGCUUCCAGUUCUGCCCAACCAAAGCUGAAGCCCGAAGGAGCGCCGCGAAGAUUGCGCUGAUGAACUCGGUGUUCAACGAGCAUCCCUCUCGGAGGAUCACGGAUGAGUUCAUCGAGAAGAGCGUCUCGGAGGCCCUGGCGUCGUUCAACGGCAAUCGAGAGGAAGCCGAUAAUCCCAACACGGGCAUUGGCGCGUUCCGCUUCAUGCUGGAGUCCAACAAGGGCAAGUCAAUGCUGGAGUUCCAGGAGCUGAUGACCGUGUUCCAGCUGCUGCACUGGAACGGCAGCCUCAAAGCCAUGCGGGAGAGGCAGUGCUCGCGGCAGGAGGUGCUGGCUCACUACUCCCACCGCGCUCUGGACGACGACAUCAGGAACCAGAUGGCCAUGGACUGGGUGAACCGGGAGCAGAACAGCCCAGGGGCCCUUUCCCGAGAGCUGGCUUCCACGGAGAGAGAGCUGGAUGAGGCGCGCCUGGCGGGGAAGGAGCUGCGCUUCCAUAAGGAGAAGAAAGACAUCCUCAUGCUGGCAGCUGGCCAGCUGGGGAGCAUGCACUCCAACUGCUAGGCACGCGUGCACAUCCUUCCCCCAGGCCCACUAACACCCCACGCCGACGGCGCCCGCCCCGUGUCACUUAGCGCAUGCAAUGCCUCUUCCAGAAUUAUGGCCCAUUUGCACAUUUUAAAGGAUUUUUUUUAAUGCCUGUACAGAUUUUUAUACUUUUUUUUUUAAGCUCCCUUCUAGAUUUACUCCCCCGCUUCCUAUCUGGUAGAGAAUCCCUUCUGUCACUUUAAAGAGUGCAUUUAAAAAAUGCAGCCUUUCAGUAUUAACACUAAAGACCUGCACUGUAUGUGGGUACUGUGUAAUUGGCAGUGUUACGUGGAAAGGCAGCACCUCUUCGAGAAGCUUCUGUGCUUUGGAGCUGCUGCACGUUGCGCAGACCUGCUCUUCUACUCUGCUUCUGUCAUAGAGGCAGUUCGAUCCAAACUCCUUGGACAGCACAGUAAAAUUAAACAAGAUGUGUUCUUUUUAACUCCUCAGGGCAAGCUGCAUUGAGGAGUACUCCAGGGCACACGAAAGGUGGUUCAAACUAGGACUGGUCAGACUUAAAGCUGGGAUCAGCACCAGACAGAGCCUCCUCCUGUGCUCUUUCUCAAUCCUCUUUGGGUGCUUAGUGUCUCRCCCGGGCCAGGGAGCUCUAGAGGUGCUCGAGCGCUGUCGCCAGCGCUCUCAGCUGCUGGAGGUGCCAUGGGGCCAGCUUACUCCCCUGGGAAUGGAGCCUGGGAGUUGUUUGGCUUCCCCAGCUAGCCUGGCUGGACGAGGCGGCUUGGGAAUCUUGCAGGGAAUGAGAGAUGGAUCUGCUCUUCUCCCCAGGGUUGCUUGCAGAUGUAGGGUCAGCCUUGGCCUUUUCAAGGAGGAUUYGAGGAGACUUGCAGGGCUAGCUAGCAAUAAUGGGGGCAGUUUGCAGCCUCUCUCUACCAAGAGCCUUGUACGCACAGGUCUUCAACACCAGAGCURUGUUUAAUCCCUUGAACCAGAACACAGGAUCUUCCAUCUCCAGCAGCAGGAGCUCACAWAGGCCUCGGCUUCCCCUCUGCUUUGCUUUUUACAAAAUGAGGGUACGGGCUAUGGGUUCAGGGCCUCCAGGCAAUAAUGUUUAUAUAGGCUAGCCUCAAAUUGUAGAGGGGGAGAACGAGGGCCGGAGCGGUGCCUCUCCUGGAGCUCAAGGCUCCCUGCUCUGGAGCUUCAUCCGUUCUUUCUAGUACAGUGUUGGGACAAAACACUGCUCAGCUGAGAAUCUCUAUAUGCACUAUUUUUAAAAAAAUGAAUAGCUCCCUGCUCUUUGUAUACAUAUCAGUGCUAAAUCUAUAUGGUGUUUAGAUUAAAAAUCCCCUUCCUGACGCUUGUGUUCCUGUAGCUCACRUUCACAGCCCGAGGAAGUAGGGCUUUGCUCAAGGUAAUUCUUGUAUCCCUUCCUACUUCUCUAAUAUAUAUAGCCUAGAAGAGCCAACUAUGUCACAGUGGGACUAUAAAUUGAAGGCAGAUUUCUUUUUUCAGUGCCGUAUUCAGCUCUGAGCUUUCUCCUCUGUUUUCUUUUUCCUGUUUUGGUUUGUUCUUCCACAUUCUCAUGUCAUGUUUUCCCCAUGACUGUGCUCUGGGAAGAGGUACAAAGCCUUUGGGAAUCUCGCAGGUAGUUUUCCGUGCACAACCGCCCCUCAACCCCCUCUUUUUCUCCAAAGCAGCCUCUUACAGAGUACGUGCRAGCUUAGAGGCACGUGGAUAUUCAAGCAAUAGUCUUGUUCUGAAAUGAAGAUCAAGAAAACCRCAUUAUCUGUAGGUAUUCUAGUUUUGUAUUCUUGUCCUAACAAGCCUAUUUGUUUUUAUAUAUUUUUUUAUAUGCAGCCUUUUACACAACAGUAUUAAUGUUUAAUGCGUUYAUAAAUGUGAUUGUAAAUGGUGUGGAGUUUUGUUUUGUUCUGUUUUUUUACAGGUGGGUAAUAUCUAGACCUUGUAUUUGCGUUUAAUCACCUGCUGUUGAAAUAACGCAGAGUCUAACAUCUUUCUGUUAGCACUGCCACACCUGUAUGUUGUGUUCCAGUACAUCACGUGAAGCAGUGAUUAAUUUGAUGGCCCGAGCUUGCAAAYACAGAGUCUCUUGAGAAAGUUCCCUUCUGGAGCAGCUGCCGCUCCGCUCCCAUCUCCAGGUUUGCAAGUCACUUUGCCUGGGAGCAGUUGUUUCCCUGCGUUACGGACCCGGGCUUGUCAUCCCUCCUAGCUAUUUCUCAUCUCUCUAGCAACACGAGAMGGAAAAAUUUGUGUUUUCCGUGACCCAGCGGAGUUUUGAGAUGCCCAGUUCUUGGCUAAUUCGGAAUCCACUUGGAUUUUGCAGGUUGAAGGGGGUCUUUUAGAGCUGUAGCAAUCRGCAGACCAGGGCUGGUGCGUUCUUGCUCUAAGAAAUCCCAGUGCUUGUUCAGGAAGCCUCGUGCAUCCCCGUCUCCCUGCCCCAGCUGGGUGCAGCAGGGAGUUUGGAGCUAAAAUUCCCUUUGGGCACUCUGUUUGUACGAAUCCCGGCUUUUCCUUCGUUAAAACACCCUUACUUAAAUGCACGUAGCAGCACUUAACGGUGCAGCUGCCAAGGGCUUCCUGCCGAGCAGAGUUUGUGMCCUACGUGUUUGGGCUCUCAAC